AUGUGCACCGGAAUCGUCCUCCUCAACAGGCGCAAACUCGACAAGUACGAAGGCGAGCCUAGAGUCACACAGCACAUCGUCGAGAUGGACAGCAAUAUCGCCACGGCUGCAGUGCCUCUGCUGAGAGACGCUGGAGUCGCUGCUUGUUUCGUAACCAUGGGCGUCGGUAAGCCCUCCAAGGUGAAAAGCGAGCAGGCGACCCGCGAGGAGUUCGAGAAGGUUGACCUGGAGAUCCCGACGGCGUUCGCUCAGGCGUCCAAGAGCGCGGGCUGCGUGCGGCACAUCUCUCUGCUGGGGUCUGUCGGGGCCGACGCGACCGCCAAGCCGUCGAGGAUCACGGGGACGGCGGCAGGCGGCGGGCUGUACCUCGGCGUUAAGGGCAAGGUGGAGAACAACUUCGAGGCUGUGGGGCUAGAAUCCGCGGCGUUUUUCCGGCCCUGCACGCUGAUCGGCAACGCGAACACGCCCUCUGCGGCGGCGUCCAUCCACAAGAUGGUGUCGUGGGCGCUCCCCCUCAAGUUCAAGGAGAUCCACAUCGAGGACGUGGGCAAGGCGAUGGUCAGGGCGGCCGUGGACAGCCUGGAGAACAAGGGCCCCGCCGUCGCACGCUACGAGGGGGCUUCGCUGUUCGGGUUGCUCGAGGACAAGCCGGCUGCCGCCGCACCGGGUUCAUCGUGA